AUGCCACCCCUUAACGCGUUCUUUGAGGACGCUAUCCGCAUCACCCCACAAGGCAAUAACAAAUACAGCGCCCAUCUCCGCUCAGAAUGGUGCAUUGGGACCGUUCCCCAUGGCGGCUACACAGCAGCCGUGUUCUACAAUUUAGCCCAGAUACAUUUCGCGCAUGCCCAUACUAAACAAUACGACGCUCCCGCAUCCCCAAUCUCCAUUCAACUCUCCUUCCUUCGCCGUACAGCCACCGGCCCCGCGACACUGGAGGUCGAGGAUGUAAAGAUCGGCGCUCGAACGAGUACAAUCCACGUCAAGCUGCUCCAACCAUCAGAGAAGCAACCAGAUCAGCUCCAAGUCAAUGUCGCCGGGUACAUCACCGUUAGCCCGCCCACGGCAGAGGUAGGCAUUAGCGCGGCGACGGGGUGGACACUACACCCCACCCCAGCACCCGGCUCGCUCGCAGGUGGGAAGGUAGACUUGCCCGCUCUCGGGCGCACAGGAAAUGACGGCGCAUGGACAAAGCUCAACCCGCCGUUCCCCGAGUUCCGUCGCGCUGCUGCACAGCUAGAGCUCUACGGUCCCGGGACCGGCAAGUCACAGCGGCAGCACACAGGGACCAUGGCAGUCGAUCAGUGGGCGCGGUUCCGGCCAGGCGGCGACCAGAGUGGUCGCUGGACUGACGCGGCUGUUGCCUACCUGGUCGACAUGUUUCCUAUGGCCCUGGAUGGCCUCGAUACUAUGUCUGCGACUGCCGUGGCCAAAGCUAAGGGCGAGCCCGUGUCGGAGCAAAUGGCUAAAUUCUGGUAUCCGACUGUCACACUGAACAUCGAUAUGAAAAAGCGUUUGCCGGCCGGGGGUGUCGAGUGGCUGUAUAGUCGGAUCGUGACUAAGGUUGUGCGCGAUGGUCGCACAGAUUUGGAUGUUACGGUGUUGGAUGAGAAUGGGGAGGUUAUUGCGCUGAGUACACAAGUUGGACUCGUGGUGAGUGCAAGUCGGAAUGUUGGAUCGAGGAAGCUGGAUAAGUUGUAG